AUGCCUUCUAUUAAAACCGUCCUUACCAGCCUCGCCCUCGCGGCCAACAUCGCCUCAGCCCAUCCAGGACACGACAUUGCCCACGAAGCCGCCGAGCGUCGAGAAUUCCUCGGCUCUGUCAAGAGAUCCUCUCUCGCUCACUGCGCUCCUAAGCUCAAGGCUCGUGGUGUUGAAGCUCGCAAUGUUGCCCGUCGUGCAGUCCAAGUCAACAAGGCUCGCCAGAAGCGCGCCUUGAAGAAGCGAGAUGCCGACAGCGUCUUGGCCGCUUCUCACAAUCAGACUGAUCAGGGCUUCACUGAGUGCACUGAUCCUGCUACUCUUUUCGCGAGCAUCAACUCUUGUGUUUUGACUCCUGAAGUUACUCAGGGUCCUUACUAUGUUGCUGGCGAGUAUGUCCGAGAGAAUGUCAUCGAAGAACAAGAGGGACUCAACAUCAUCCUCGAUUACCAAGUCAUCGACGUCGAGACCUGCGACCCUGUUCCUAACGUCUACCUCGAGAUGUGGCACUGCAACUCUACCGGAGUCUACUCUGGAGUUAUCGCAGGUGGCAAUGGCGACCAAUCCGACGAAACCAACAUCGACAACACCUGGCUUCGCGGUAUCCAGAAGACCAACUCUGAUGGUGUUGCUCAGUUUGAGUCCAUCUUCCCUGGUCACUACACUGGCCGAGCAACUCACAUCCACGUCAUGGUCCACACCAACGCCACUCUCCUCGCGAACCACACUCUCGGCAGUGACAACUAUGCUAGCCACGUUGGACAGGCUUUCUUCGACCAGGAUCUCAUCGCCCAAGUCGAGACUCUCGAGCCCUACGCUUCCAACACCCAGGAACUCACUCUCAACGAGGAUGACAGCAUCUUGAGCGAGGAAGCCAAGACCGAUGGCGUCGAUCCCAUGAUGGAGUACACUCUUAUUGGAGACAGCAUCAGCGAUGGUCUGUUUGCUUGGCUCGCAUUCGGCAUCAACUCUACCCGAUCCGAAUCCGUUACUCCCGCUGCUUACUACUGGAAGGAGGGCGGUGUUGCUAAUGAGAACUCUGGCGCUGGCGGACCUGGUGGUGCCGGUGGUCCUCCUUCUGGAUCUCCUCCUGGAAGCACUCCUGGAAGCACACCUCCGGCUUCCCCUGACGCUUAA